UGUAGUGACAGUGACCAAGAUGGCCGACAGAGCGGCUUUGUCCUCCUGAAGAAGUUUCAAACUAAUAUUCUAACGGUUAUGUAGAUUGUUAAAUAUUCCUCUUUUCUAAAGCCCACGAAACGCAAGUUGAGUUUGGAGCGAUGGAGUGAAGUGAAGAUUGAAGACUUGAUAGAACGUGGACGACUCUGCUAAGAUGGCGACGUUCAAGAAAAGAGAACGUGAAAGAGAAUCAGCAACGGAGAAAAAGACCAGAACUUCAAAUGAAGAUGAACGAGUUGAAGUUUCCAACAACGUCAUUUUGGAGGCUGGCGGAAGCCCCGAAAAGAGCGUUGAUGAUAAAUUAGCUGACUUUGUUGAACGCCGCAAACAAAGAACGGCCAUGAUUGUUAGCUUGAAUGCGAAGAAAGAAGAGAGUAAGAGAUGUGCAGUGUGUGAAGAGAAGACUGGACCACAUGUCCACAUCAACCUGCAGAGGAUUGGAGACGUCCAGCAGCUGAUUGGUCAUCCAGAAGAACUUCCCUCUCAGUCGGUAGAGGGAAGCGCCACUUCGAAGCAGAAGACUCCACAGCAACCCCACUUAAAAAAGGAAGAGGAAGAACUCCGGAUCACUCAGGAGGGAGAGUGUCUUCUAGGGUCAAAAGAAGCUGACCUCACCAAGUUGCCACUGACUGUUGUCUCUGUGAAGACUGAAGAUGAUGAAGAGAAACCACAACUAGACACAGUUGUAUCUCCACUACCAGAUAGUGAGGCUGAAGACGAGGUUGAAGUAACUUUGAGCAGCGAUACAGACUGUGAAGGUGAUGUGAGGACUCACACCGACAACAAACACUCUGAAUGCCUCAAAAAGAGGAGAGGUCAAAAACUUUUGAGCUGCUCAGUUUGCGCGAAAGGUUUUACUGCAAAAAGCCAUUUGAUUCAGCACAUGAGAACACACACAGGAGAAAAGCCGUUUAUUUGUUCAGUUUGUGGUCAAAGGUUUGCCAAAAAGAGCAAUUUGACUGAACACAUGAGAACGCACACAGGAGAAAAACCAUUUAUUUGUUCAGUUUGUGGCCAAAGGUUUGCUAAAAAUAGCCAUUUGACUCAACACAUGAUAACGCAUAGUGGAGUAAAAACGUUUAAUUUUAGUUGUUCAAUUUGUGGUAAAAGCUUUUCUCAAAACAGGUAUUUGACUGAACACAUGAAAAUGCACACAGAAGAAAAAACAUUUAAUUGCUCAGUUUGUGAUAAAAGCUUUUCUCGAAAGAGUGGUUUGACCCAACACAUGAGAACACACACAGAAGAAAAAUUUUGUUGCUCUCUUUGUGGUAAAAGGUUUUUUUUCAGACAAAGUUUGACUCAACACAUAAUGAAACACACAGGGGAAAAACCAUUUAAUUGUUCAGUUUGCAGUAAAAGCUUUCCUAAAAAGUAUGACUUGACUCAACACAUGAGAACACACACCGGAGAAAAACCAUUUUAUUGUUCAGAUUGUGGUAAAAGCUUUUCUCAAAAGAGUGGUUUGACCCAACACAUGAGAACACACACAGGAGAAAAACCAUUUAUUUGUUCAGUUUGCGGUAAAAGUUUUCAUCAAAAAGUCAAUUUAACUGAACACAUGAGAACACACACAGGAGAAAAACCAUUUAAUUGCUCAGUUUGCGGUAAAAGUUUUCCUCAUAAGAGCAAUUUAAUUCAACACAGGAUAACACACACGGGAGAAAAACCAUUCAAAUGUUCAGUUUGUAGUAAAGGUUUUCCUCACAAGAGAAAUUUGAUCCCACAUAUGAGGACACACACAGGAGAAAAACCAUUUAAUUGUUCAGUCUGCGAUAAAAGCUUUUCUCAGAAGAACAGUUUGGCUGAUCACAUGAGAACACACACAGGAGAAAAACCCUUUACUUGUUCAGUUUGCAAUAAAAGCUUUCAUACCAGACAAGGUUUGACCCAGCACAUUAGGUCACACACGGGAGAAUAACCGACUUGCUGUUAAGUUUGUGGUGACUAGCUGGGGAGGAACCGUCGUCUUCUUCAGUGACGCUUUUACCGCCUCCAGAAUGCCCGAUCUUGAACACCAACAACACGACUCGAUUUGCCUGGAACUACACCUGGUUGCAUGGUGGCCAUGUUUUGCGUGUGCAGACCACAAUCAGAUGAUGACUCAUUGGACAACGUAAUAUCUGAGCAUAUUGACUCUAUCCAAGACUUCCACCUAAAGUCUGAAAUUAUUCUUCUUGGGGAUCGGAAUGGCCAUCAUGGAGACUGGCUGGGAAGUAAAAAGACGUGACACUCAUGGGGAUUGAGCACGUGAGUUAGUUAUACUCUGAAGCCUCCGCCAACUAGUUGAUGAUUCUACAAGGUUUGGGAAGGAUGGAAUUUGCUCCAAACUGGAUGUCUUCCUUAGUAGUUCGCCAGACAAUCAUGUUGUCACUCUCAGUGCUCCUCUUGGCUCCUCUGACCACUGUGUGGUAUCUACUGUGGCUCACUAUAAUCUUCCAGCAAUAUCGUAAAGUUUGGAACAACGGCAAAGCACAUUGUGAUGGAAUGCGUUCAUACUUGGCUGAUGUUAAGCAGAACUCUCUCUCAAAAGAACAAGGAGCCAAUGCAGCGUGGGCCUAUAUUAGUGACAGCAUUAAGGAUGCCAUGGACCUCUUCAUACCCUCUAAAACAACAAGUAUAGUUACUCUGACACACCAUGUAUUAAUGACGAAUACCAUAAAGGAAGCAGAAUGCUUAUCGUAGGCGGAUCAUUCAACUCUAAAUCAAAUGGGAUCAUGAGUUGUAGAUUCCCAUCCUCAGUUUUUUGUUUUAAAACGUGUUUCCCUUUAUGAUGGACUAUCUUAGGGACUCUGAAACAACUUCUUUUUUUUUUUUUUUUACAACAUCAAAUCUGUUCUUUUCUAUACUCAAAAAUGUCUGCUAUAACAUUUAGUAAAAUCUAUAUUGGAACUAUUUCCACAGCACAUGUAUGUGACAUUUUCACUCUGCUUUAAUCUGACUUCUUGCUAGGAAUACGCUUGUUUGCCCACAAUCUGCUCGAGUCCUCAAACCUAUGCUGAAAUCUUCAAAGCAAGUUUUGUUUAAAAAAAACAACAACAACAUAACAAUAUACUUUUUUCCUGGAAGAAGAAAUACCAAAUGUUGUCCUGGUUUGUGAAGAGACAUAUUUUAGCUGAGUUUUUAAAUAUGUUUAUCUUCUUCUGUUUUAUGGAAAUAUUUUGGUUUAUGUGACGUCACGUAGGAAUCACUUCCUGUUGUAUGUAGUCACGUCAUGUAUGGAUCUUCAUAUUUACCUGUACUGUAUAGUAGUUGUGCUUUAAUAUCUUGCUUUAUUUUCUGAAUAGUAAUGAUAGUCUGGCAACUACUGAAGAUAUUUUUCUUAUGACCACAUUUCAAAAUGUUUUAUAAGAUAUAUUUAAUUUUAUUGAUCAUUAUAUUGCUGUUUUGAAAGAUGGCGUUGUUGCUG